AUGGAAGAUCAGAACAUGAACACAAAGAAUGAAAAUGAUCAAGACAUAAAAAUUAACUGGGGCAUAUUUAAGGAAAUAUCUGAUGCUUUAGAGUUGGUUGAAAGUAGAAAAGAUGGAAAUUUGAUGAAAUUUGAGUCCAAUGCUUCCAAGAUGAAGGAGCAAGUGGAGGGAAUUCGUUUCUUCUUGUUGGGAGCAACUAGCCAAUGCUUAGAGAAGAAAUUUUGUGCUGGUGAAGAUGGAAACCUUUCUGCUGAAGCAAACAACAUGCUUGAGGAAUUGAAGCAACUUUCAUCUGCAUUAGAUAUGAGUGACCCGAAACAUGAGAAAAACCUUUCAAGCAUUGGAGAACUUUCGAGGAGGUUGCAGUCAAGGUUGUCUUGGCUAAAGACUUCUUUCUUGAACCCUUUAGUCUCUCAUAAAGAUACAAAUAUGGAAGCUGACAUUAGCAAGUCUGAGGAAAUCGGCAAAUCUAAUGAAGGCAACAUGAAGGAUUUGAGGGCUAUUGCUGCUUCUGAAGGCCAAAGCAAUGCUAGCAAUGAUGCUGCUGAAAGAAGCAAGGGCAAAAGAAAUAAAAAGUCUAAGAAGGGAAAAAAGGGGAAAGGAGGUCGGAAGAACUAA